AUGCCUAAGGAAGCCACCAGUACGAAACCUCGCAGGGCUCAGCGCAAGCCUCUGGCUUCUAAAGGGACUCAAGCCAAGGCUGUUGACACGGAGAGUUUUGCUGGCAGGCGUCUGCAGGUUGAAUGGGACAACACGAGGACCAACCGCCUUCUCGAUUGGUUGGACCAAAAUCCAGACGACCGUAACCGCCUCUUCUCAGACUCGACUGCUGCAGCUAAAGAGCAAAAUCGUCGCAAGGUGACCGCCAAGGGGAGCAAGAACCGCUACUACCUGGCCCUAGCAAAGGCGGUGUUUGACUGCAAGGAGGAGGAUAUCGAAAUGCGGGCAUGGUACCUCAAGGAACCUACUAAGUUCUCCUCCAGUCUUUCUAGCUACCUCAACGGCCUUCGUUCAAAGUACCGCGAGUUCAAUCAGAAGCUUGGCCGUACUGGAGCGGGCCUUCCAUAUGACGAGAUUGAGCCUGGAUCGAAUAUUUAUAACCUCAUUGACCAGAUGCAGGAAGAAUUUCCAUACUGGGAACGCCUUCAUGGAUACUGGCGUACCCUACCGAACUACAACCCUCUAAUGGUUACCUCACAGCCUGAUCAGGACCUGGAAGGUGGUGCACUCGAGCUCUUCGAAGGUGGUGCUACUGCGGCUCUGCUGGAUCUCGGUUUUGAGGGUGAACCUCCUGCUCAUCCUGCGUUUGCCGGUGUCGGCUCCCUGACACCUGAGGAGCAAGCCGAGAUCGAUGCGGAUCCAGACGCUGAUGCUGAAGGGGAGGAUGAGGACAUGGCUGAUGUUGACGCCAAGAAAGCCACGGACCAGGCUCAGCUCACCCCCACGCCUGCCCCACGCCCAGCCGCCAACAUGGCGUCUACGUUCGGUGCAUCGAGGGUGGGUAAUGCUAUUGGAACUGCCAAGGUAGCCGCGUCUACUGUCAAAAAAUCUUCACCACCCUCUCGUUCUUCAGCUUCUCGACCGCUUGGAUCGAAACAGAAUCCCUUGAUCGCCUUCGCUCUUGACACUGAGAACGACACUCGUGUUGCUGCAAAACUUCGGGACAAGAAACUUGACCGUGAUAUCGGCAACAUCGACGUUAGUAAAGCCAAGAUCGCUCUCCUUUCUCAGCGUGAGGCAGGUGAGAUUGAAAGGAAACGUAACGAACAUCAACUUGUUCUUCAGCGUGAGGCUGCUGAUAACGAACGUCGCCGUGAAGAAAACCAGGUCCGUAUUCUCGAGCUCCGGCUCAAGCUUCAACAAGCUCCACCGGCUCCACAAGUUGGGGAUAACUUCACUCACCAGGUUGAUUAUGGUGGUGGAAACUAG